UGCUCGCAGUUCUUCAGCAUCGUCCGUUGGGAUUGGACCACAUUUUCCGGGAGAUGAAUUAGAGUUUUUCUCCCUCCGACAUCUCUGAGUGAUUUUCCACUGGGGCUAUAAAGUGGCUCACAGCGUGCAAAAGCAAAAAUGCAUUUAUCACUUGUGGUGCUUUGAUAACUCCCACAAUUAGCGGCAGGCGCGGUGUGUGAAAAUUUUGUGUGUGAAAAAUCUCAUUUUUUGCUUUUCCAACCCUCCCCCGUCGUGUCUCUCUUUAUUUUCCGUCUGCGUGUAUUGGGUGAAAAAGUCACAUCCCUCCGGUGCUGUGUGAGUGAGAGGGGCCUGACAAGGCAAGGCAAAAGGAAGUCUCAGGAAUAACAACAAAGUUGUCUUGCAUCAGACAAAGGCGGAUCCUUUCUGGCAGGAAGCAAUGGAGAAAAAUCAGGAAAAGCGUGUGUACAUGCUGGUACUGACAGGAGGUCCAUGCGGCGGAAAAACCACCGGUCAGGCGCGUCUGAGUACAUUUUUUGAGAAUUUGGGAUGGAAGGUGUUCCGAGUGCCUGAAGCCGCAUCAGUUUUGCUGAGUGGUGGCGUCAAAUUCUCCGAGUUGACACGAAAAGAAGCCCUGAAAUUCCAGGAGAACCUCGUAAAGACUAUGCUACAACUUGAAAAUACUUACUAUGAGCUGGCAAAGGGUCACAUUAGGAAGCAAAAUGCCCGAGGAUGCCUCAUUAUUUGUGAUCGAGGUGUUAUGGAUGCAGGAGCUUAUAUAUCAAAGGAUGAUUGGGAGAGGCUCCUCACGGAGAAUGGAUGGAAUACAAUUGAAAUGCGAGACAAUCGUUACAACCAAAUAAUUCACAUGGUAUCUGCUGCUAAUGGUGCUGAAGAAUUCUAUAGUGUUGAGGGUCACAGUUGCCGAUCUGAAGGUGUUAGUUUAGCCCGUGAUCUUGACUACAAAGCAGCCGCAGCGUGGGUUGGUCAUCCCUAUUUCGAUGUGAUUGACAAUUCAACGGACUUUGAGACGAAAAUAAAGCGAAUGAUUAGUAGUGUGUGCCAGAAGGUUGGCAUCGACACCGGCGAUCGUCUCUUGACCACAUCGAAGAAGUUGAAAUUUCACGUUCUUGGACCAUUGCCACCGGAUUCCGCCUUCCCGGCAUUUCAGGAUUUCGACGUGGAGCACGAUUACCUCCUGUCGACGGGAUCACGUGUCCAGGCGCGCCUAAGGAAGCGCGGACAGAAGGGUCACUGGAGCUACAUACACACCAUCCGACGACCCCAUCCCAAUGGUCAGUACGUGGAGGUGAAGACGCAAAUGACGGCGAGGGAUUACAACAACCUGCUGGCGCAGGCAGAUGCAUCCCAUUUCAAAAUUAUCAAAACAAGACGGUGCUUUCUCGUCAACAAUCAGUACUUCCAAUUGGACAUUUACAAGGAGCCCUGCCAUACACGAUGCUUGGGCUUAAUCCUCCUCGAGACGUAUACAUCGCUCGAGGGCAAAGCACUGGAGGAUUGCCUGCCGAAAUUCCUAAACAUCAAGAAGGAGGUGACCGGCGAUCCGAAUUACUCCAUGUUCAAUUUGUCCCUGCGCGAAGAGUGGGAUAGCACGCAGAAGUUCUGUCGCUCCUUGCAUGGUAAAAAGAAUAUGAAUAAUGUUGUGGUGUGCAGUGGAAGUCAGGAUGCAUGCAAACAGCAUCAAGAUGUGGAGGAUUCAAAUUAACUCUCCCAAUCGCAAAAAGAAUAACCCAUUUGCUCCCUCCCCCUAACUUUACCUCCCUUUGAAAUGAAAAGUCAAUCAUAACGCGUCCAGUUAUAAGAGUUGGUGUCCCACAACGUGUAAAAGUUUCUUUAUGCGUUUUAAUACUAUUUGUGAGCAGAAUUAGUAGACAAAUUUAAUUUUUUUUGUAAAAUUCGGCAAUUUGAUGGAUAAAAUCUGUCAUAUCUUUGGUUCUAUAAGACCUACAGAAAUUUCUUGACUAGUUUUGGAAAGGUAUUAAAACAGGCUAUAAAUUGACAUAAAUUUCAAUAAUUUUUAAUGUCAUCUCCAGAACACAAAAUGGCGGCUUUUUGUUUUGCGAAAACAGUUUUUGGCAUUUUUUGUCUCGAAGAAGUGGUUCUAGAGGGUUCUGAUGUUCUAGAAAGUUGUAGAGAAUUGCAAAACCUUUAAUUUGAUACCAAGUUGAGCAAAAUCGGUCAAGCAGUUCAGGAGAUAUGGCUCUUAGAACUUUUCAAAUUCAAGAAUUUUUCAAAUGGCUAUAUCUUCUAAACGGGGACAUAGAAUUUCUUCAUUUUCGGACUGGUGAAAGAUAUUGAGUCAGGCUACAACAUAUCUAAAUUUAAAGGAAAUCUAUAACAGAUGUUCGGAGAUAUUGCCCCUUAAAGUUAGGCAAUUUUUGUUUUUGAAUUAAGCGCCUCUUACGGAUGUUUUUGAAACUUGAAAUGUUCUAAACAGUUGUAGGGCUUCUUGAAACCUUUCAUUUGAGCUUGAGUUGGUCAAAAUCGGUCAAGCCGUUCUCGAGAUAUAUCGAAAAAACACUUUUUGCUUUAGGCCGCCAUAUUUGCUAAACCGCUUGACCGAUUUUCAAGUAUGAAUUAUCGAUGAAAACGUCUCACUGAGCUCUACAACUUACUAAAAUUUCAGAGCUCUAGCUAUAAGGGAAGUGGUUGACAGUAGUUCAAAAUGGCGGACGGCGGCCAUCUUUGAUUUCGAAAAUGCGAAAAAAUGAAAUUUUACACCCACAUUUCUAUAGAAAACUUCAAAUCCGAAGUCUCUAUCUGUUACCGUUCUCGAGCUAUAAGGCAAAGUUUAGAGUCCCGGACGGCAGGCCGGCAGGACGGCAGGACGGCAGGACGGCAGGACGGCAGGCCGGCCGGAUCAAAAAUUUUCCACCACCAGUUUUGGAAUGUGGGUUGUCUGAAACGUGCUCAUACCAAGUUUGAGCCCGAUCUGAGGUGGUCGGAAAAUCCGACGAUUACAAUACUUGGUGUUGGCCACGAAGUGGAACACCAACUAAUUAAGAGAAGAAAUUGUUGGGUUUUCUAAACAAAAGAAGAAAGAAAAAAAGGAAGAAAUCUGUCCCAGAGAGAAAUUGAAAAAGAAGAAAUAUUAAGAGCUUUUCCUCCCAAAAGAAAAAUUACAAAUUAAUGAGGAAAUUGUUGGUGGAGAAUUAACUUCUUUGGCACAAAAAAAAUGGGUUUGUUGUUGCAAAGUUUUUGUGUACAGAAAAAGAGAAAUAUUUUUGAAAUAAAAACAAAUAUUGUUUAGGUGUGUGGAAUAAGUUUGUACAGAA